AAAACCACAUCAAUAAAACAUUAACAAAAGGUAGUGUUUUCUGUUUUCUCACAUUCUCACAUUCACACUAACACUCUGAUCUAAAAUGGCAGUGCCAGUGAUUGAUUUCUCAAAGCUGAAUGGUGAAGAAAGAGCCAAAACUAUGGCUCAGAUUGCUAAUGGCUGUGAAGAAUGGGGAUUCUUCCAGUUGAUCAAUCAUGGGAUUUCUGAGGAGCUCCUUGAGAGGGUGAAGAAGGUUUGCUCUGAGUUCUAUAAGCUUGAAAGAGAGGAGAAUUUCAACAACUCUACAUCAGUUAAGAUCAUGAAUGAUUUAGCUGAAAACAAAAACAAUGGAAAGUUGGAGCAUGUUGAUUGGGAGGAUGUAAUCACUCUUCUUGAUGAUAAUGAAUGGCCACAAAAUCCACAAGAAUUCAGGAAAACGAUGGCCGAAUAUCGAUCGGAGCUAAAGAAAUUGGCAGAGAAGAUGAUGGAAGUGAUGGAUGAGAAUCUUGGAUUGCCAAGAGGAUACAUGAAGAAAGCAUUGAAUGAUGGAGAAGGAGACAAUGCAUUCUUUGGUACCAAGGUGAGUCACUACCCUCCCUGUCCCUAUCCAGAGCAUGUCAAUGGCCUGCGAGCUCACACGGACGCUGGAGGACUCAUCCUUCUCUUCCAAGAUGACAAGGUGGGAGGCCUGCAGAUGCUCAAAGAUGGACAAUGGCUAGAAGUGCAGCCUUUGCCUAAUGCCAUUGUCAUUAACACCGGCGAUCAGAUUGAGGUUUUGAGCAAUGGCAGAUACAAAAGUUGCUGGCACCGGGUUCUGGUUUCGACUGAAGGGAACAGAAGAUCAAUUGCUUCUUUCUAUAAUCCUUCAUUGAAGGCUACCAUAUGUCCUGCACCAAAGUUGGUGGCUGAAAAGGAUAACCAACAAGUUGAUGAAACUUAUCCUAAGUUUGUUUUUGGUGAUUACAUGGAUGUCUAUGCUAAGCUCAAGUUCCAACCUAAGGAGCCAAGGUUCCAAGCCGUUGUUAAAGCCACAUGAAAAAAAUAGCACUUUGGUUUUCAAUAUAGAAAAUACAUUUGAUCCCACCCCUUUAUUUUUGUUUUUAUUUUUGUUAUCUUUUCUUUGUUUAUUGUUCUUGGUGCUAUACAUGUUUGAUAGCAAAGAGUACCACUUGGUUGCUGCUAUUCUAAGUUUCUUAAGAAUGCAAGCCAUUGUGGGUGCUAGUGUCCAUGUUUUGUUUUCUUUUUCUUUUUUUAGAAUAUUGUUUUGGUGGGAGCAUCUGGGCUUGAAUUGUACCAUAGUACUUAUUACAUAAAUUAUAGUGUUAUCUGCUAUAAA